AUGCGUGCUUCCGACGUCAUCAAGCGUCAAUGGGCAUUAGUCCCCUUACUCUUUAUCUUAACGGCUUUCAUUCUCUCUAUGCUCUGCAUCUUUGCUGGUUCAAAGCGCGGAUAUCUCGAGGAUGCCGAUUUGUUCACGCUCAAUACUUCGAUGCUCGGCCGCACGACUUUGGAUACAUCUAAGACUUCGUCGUCGAUUCUGAAAUCCAUCAAGAACACAGUUCAGAAAGACGUGAAUGAGGUCAUUUCUGACGUGGCUAAAACCCUCGGCAUUCAUGACUUCUAUAGCGCCCACAUCCUCGACUAUUGUGAGGGCUAUUACACUCCGUCACCUUUCGCAAAUCUAACCUCCCAGCCCUCUAAAAACAUCAGCUACUGCUCCAAUCAAACUUCGUUCUUUCACUUUGACCCAGCAGCCGUUAUCCAGGGCGAGCUCAAGCCUGGAGUCAAACUUACAGACCUGAGCUGGCCAUCUGCAAUUCAAGACGGUGUACAUGCUGUGGAGGAUGCUACAGAUGUCAUGUUUGUCCUCUACUCCAUUGGGGCAACUACCACCGGUGUGGCGCUCAUCGCGGCUCUGGUUGGGGUCAGAGGGGUGUGGCGAUACAGUGCUAUCACCUGUGUUAUGCUUUCGUCGCUCGCUUUUGGCUCCCUCCUCCUUGCUUCAUCCAUCGCGAACAUCGUCAUCAACAAAGUGGUCAGCGCAAUCAAUGAGCACGGCAACGACAUUGGUGUUUACGCGUACAAGGGCGGGACUUUUAUUGGUAUGACAUGGGCAGCGACGCUGCUGGUGCUAGUCACGUCUUUCAUGUGGUCCUAUGAGUUUAUACAGCAAAGGCGAGGAGCGGCAUCUUUAGGAAAAGAGGGAGAGUAUUUCGAGGAGGGACAGUAG